GUGUUGCGCAGGGUUUUUCUCCUUCGCCGGACGGAGGCCGAGCGGUGAGGCGGGCUCGUUGGCUUUUGGCGCUGCCUGGGCGCAGCGCUGGGAUGAGCCGCGUCGCUGGGGUCCUUCCUGAGGCAGCGGAGGCUGCGAGGGGCGCCCGGAGCUCGGCUGAGGGGGACCAUCCUUUCUCUUGUGAACCACCUACUGAAGCUGUUUAAAUGAGAAUGACCUUGGGACAGAGAGUGCUGCUCACAUGGCUGUUCAUAUUACUGUUCUUGAUCAUGUUGGUGUUAAAAUUGGAUGAAAAAGCACCAUGGAGCUGGUUCCUAAUAUUUAUCCCUGUUUGGAUAUUUGAUACUAUUCUUCUGGUUAUGAUCAUAGUGAAAAUGGCUCGCCGUUGUAAGUCUGGAUUUGAUCCCCGCAAUGGCUCCCUCAACCUCAAAAAGAAAGCCUGGUACCUUACAGCAAUAUUACUUAAGCUGGCCUUCUGUCUUGCCCUCUGUGCAAAAUUGGAGCAAUUUGCUGUAAUGAAGCUAACUUACGUCUUUAUUCCCCUUUGGGCUUUGCUCAUUGGAGGGAUGAUAGAACUUGGAUACAACAUCUUCUGUGGACGAAGGGACUAACUUUUUUAUAUGCUGAAGUUCACCAUUUGUCAGUCAGUGUCACAUCCCUGAUCAACCUGUUUCUGUGCUUAAUACACCUAAAGGAAUCACAGAUAUAAAUCUCUUCCUGCUACCGGAUCUGACUUUUCAAUAUGUAGAGCAUUGCUGUCUAGGCUUUAUGUACAUACUGUAAAUAAAACAUCCAAAUAUUUUCUAUGUA